AUGUCCCUUAGGCUUAACGCCCGUUGGGGCCAACCAUUUUAUGGGAUCAGAUUUUUCCAUACCUGUCGAUCUUGGGCCAGCCACUCUCUGCAUGGGCGCCCCCGUCGAGAUUUUCCAUCGAUUUUUCCAAAUAGUAGANAGAAACCCUUAAUCGAUGUAUGUCUUGGCACGUUUGAUCAACCAAAGCAAUUUGGUAAACCAAAAAUGCAGAUAGGAGUGGAAAGUUGUCUUGGUGAAUGGGCUUUGGUUCAAGAUGCUAUUAAGAUGACAACUGAUCAGUUAAUUUCGGACACUGUCGUGAGUUAUCAGCAUCCAGAUAAAGAUACAGAUACAGAGGAUAUAAGAGAACAGCACAUGUGA